GAUGCUGCCCUCCACGGCUCUCAGAGGCACGGCUUGGGUGCUGCUCUCCUGCCUGAUGGUCCUAUCUCAGGUGCAAGGUGAAGAUUCCAAGGGUAAAAACGCUGCUCCACGCAUCAGCUGUCCCAAAGGCUCCAAUGCCUAUGGGUCUCACUGCUAUGCUGUGUUUAGGACAGCCAAGUCUUGGUUUGAGGCAGAUCUUGCCUGCCAGAAGCGGCCCCAGGGACACCUGGCUUCUGUGCUCAGUGGAGCGGAGGGAUCCUUUUUGUCUUCUCUGAUCAAGAGCAAUGGAAUCAGCAGCACAUAUGUCUGGAUUGGGCUCCACGACCCAACACUGGGUCUAGAACCCAAUGCUGGUGGCUGGACAUGGAGCAGCACCGACGUGCUUGACUACUUCAACUGGGAACGGAAUCCUUCCAUUUCCUCCGACCGUGGUUACUGUGGGACCGUGACACGAAACUCAGGAUUUCUGAGGUGGAGAGAUUAUAACUGUGAUGCGCAGUUGCCUUAUGUCUGCAAGUUCGAUGGCUAAAGUAGACAGUCAAAAGCCUCCAUGGUAUGCACCUCAUCAUGAACAGAAGCCCAAGAAUGAAGACCUACCUGGGAAAGGAACAUUCUCCUCAUACCCCAAAAUCUGAACCCUCCUGCUGAACUUACUGCUUCUGCUUUGCUCUCUGCCCAGCCACUCUUGUGUGUAUGUUACAACCUGAGGCU